UAUAUAUAUCUCUCUCUCUUUUUAUUUAUGUCUCGACAACAGCACCCAACAAAUCUAAAAGCUCUUGUUCGAAUUGGUUCCCAGAGAUUGUCGGAUUAUCAAAAAUCUGUAGAGGGAGCCUUGGCGGAUUCUUUCUGAAACCCAUCUUCUCUUCGUGAGGUGGUUCUGUAUUGAGUAUGUCGUCGCAAUCAUGCCAUGGGAAUGAGUCAAACAGUGUAAACAAGGAAGGAAAUGUUGCCCCUUCCUCUGUGAGCGAGAAUCAGUUGGUUCUGUAUGACCCCAAGGGGAAUGAAACCGAAGAAGAAGGAGCCGAACCUAACCAAUCUCAGACUUCUUCGCACAAAACACAGUGUCCUUCCAUUGGGGCUUUUACGGUCCAGUGCGCAACUUGUUUGAAAUGGAGGCUAAUGCCUUCGAUGGAGAAGUAUGAAGAGAUUAGGGAACAGAUUCUCGAAAAGCCGUUUUACUGCGAAACAGCUUGCGAGUGGAAGGCGAAUGUGACUUGUGAUGUUGCUGAAGAUAUCUCUCAAGAUGGAACCCGUGUCUGGGCUAUCGAUAGGCCUAGUAUCUCUCGCCCACCCGCUGGCUGGCAACGCCAACUCAGGAUUAGAGGUGAAGGUGGUACCAAAUUUGCUGAUGUAUAUUAUGUUACUCCUUCAGGAAAGAAGCUUCGAUCGAAUGUGGAGGUCCAAAAGUACUUGAAUGAGAACCCGGAAUACAUAACCCAAGGAGUGAAGCUUUCCCAGUUUUCGUUCCAAAUCCCGAAACCUCUGCGGGAGAACUAUGUAAGGAAGCGCCCAGCUCGGCCAAUGGAACCAAGCGACGCCCCUGUAGCUAUUGAAGCUAACCCACUGGCAUUGGUAUCCCCAGAUGCUCAGACACCAUUGCAGCCAACCGAGCCUGGACUUUGCACGCACUUGAAAAAGGCAAGAAGAUCAGAGCCAUCUAGCUAGACAAGACUCAACUAUCCCUCUUCGUUGUUCUUCGAUGUAAAUUGAGCAUAUAUUUAAUUUUUUGGGUUGGGACAUUGAAGAAAUUGAAGAGGACAUGUGGGUUUAGCUUGUUUUGUGUGUAUUAUCUAUUUCAAACUCCUUUAAUAGGCAGAAUAUUCGUCCUUUGUUACAAAGUUUCUGGAUAUCCAUGGAACUUCUUUCU